CUAUAACGUACAAAGGAAGAUGGAUGUUUUGAAAGCUACUGCAGAACAAAUUUCUUCUCAAACUGGAAACAAGGUUCAUGCAAUUCAGUGUGAUGUGAGGGAUCCUGAUAUGGGUAAAAACACUGUAUCAGAACUGAUAAAAAUCACAGGACAUCCUGAUAUUGUGAUAAACAAUGCAGCAGGGAAUUUUAUUUCUCCCACUGAAAGACUCUCUCCUAAUGCUUGGAAGACCAUUACUGACAUAGUUCUAAAUGGUACAGCCUUUGUAACACUAGAAAUUGGAAAACGACUUAUUAAAGCACAAAAAGGUCUGUGUGCAAAGCCGCAGAGCAGCACCACUGAGGGGAACCCAGAGGAAGAGGACUAG